AUGGCCAGCAUGAAGAAGUCGCCCUCUCACGAGGGCUACUCGUCCGGCUCCGACAGCAGGAAGUCCUCGAGCAUGGCCGGGGCGAAGCGUCGGCCCUCGAGGGCAGGCACCCGCAGCGUCACCACCCUCACCGCCGCCCAGCUGGAGCGCAAGCGCGCCAACGACCGCGAGGCCCAGCGCGCCAUCCGCCAGCGGACCAAGGACCACAUCGAAUCCCUCGAGCGCCGGAUUGCCGAGCUCUCGUCCCAGGAGGACGCCCCCAGCACGUCGAGGCUCACCGAGAUCAUGCGGCGCAACGAGGAGCUGGAGAACGAGAACGCGGUGCUGCGGACGCGGCUGAGCCACGCCCUCGCUUCGUUGGGAUGUGCAGAUACCUCUGGAGGUGCGUUGUUAUGA